GCCCAUCCCUAUCAUCGACGUCAUUGAAUUCGGAUUGCAGUUGCAGAUAUUAGUAAACAUUAGGUGUAAAAAUGGCGUCCUUAGAACCACUGCAAAAUAAAACCUGGGAUUUGUCGCUCUACGAGCUGAACAGAACGCCACAAGAGGCAAUAACAGAUAAUACCGAAAUAGCUGUAUCGCCGCGCAGUUUACACAGUGAGCUUAUGUGCCCAAUUUGCCUAGAUAUGCUUAAAAAAACAAUGACGACUAAAGAGUGUCUGCAUCGAUUUUGUUCCGACUGCAUCAUCACUGCACUUCGAUCUGGCAAUAAGGAAUGUCCAACCUGUCGCAAAAAACUAGUUUCAAAGCGCUCUCUGCGACCAGAUCCAAACUUUGAUCUGUUAAUAUCCAAGAUUUACCCUAGCCGUGAUGAGUACGAAGCGCAUCAAGAGCGUGUUUUGGCCAAAUUCAAUCAAAGUCAUUCACAGCAGGCUCUUGUGCAUUCUAUUAAUGAAGGUAUUAAACUUCAGUCGCAAAAUAGGCCUAACCGGAAACAAAAAAGUGAAAACGAUUUAACGGCGGCUUCCGCUGCUGCUACUGCAGCGUCGGCCUCGGUGGCAGUACCUGCGGCUAAUGCUUCUGGGAUAAAUCCAACGGCCAGCAGCAACAAUGCAAAUAACAAUAAUCCAUUAGCCAAUGGAACGAACGGUGAGCUAAUGAAUCGCGAAGGGUCCUCCAAUAGUCAAGCUGGUGACUGUACGAGACAACCAUCAAAUCCGCCGUCAGUUAGAAGCACUCCAUCACCGGUUCCUUCAAACGUAAGUUCGGCAAGUAAGGCCAAACGAGCUCGAUCGGUUUUAACAUCAGAAAAGUCCGAAGAAUCCGAAAGCAACAGCGAAAUGGACGGUCGAACCGAGGAAAAUGAUUCCAAUUUGGAUACGGAGGGGGAGGGCAAUUCUGAACAUGGCAGUGAUGAAAUAGAGCUUGUAUUCAAACCACACCCGACUGAGAUGGCAGGCGAUAAUCCAUUAUUGAAGGCACUGAAAGAAAACUCUAUUCGAUACAUAAAGACUACUUCCAAUGCUACAGUUGAUCAUCUGAGCAAAUAUCUAGCAAUGCGACUAACGCUUGAUUUGGAAACUGAGUUACCAGAAGCUUGUCGGUUGGUAAAUUUCUGCAUUUACAUUGCUCCCCAGCCAUCACAGCUAGUAGCGUUGAGCGGAAAUCAAGCACUUUCACAGGUCAACGAAAAGUUUUGGAAGGUAAAUAAGCCUCUCGAGAUGUACUAUUCUUGGAAAAAAUCCUAGGGAACCGCCUAACAAUCAAAGCGUAGCGGAUGCUAGUUGCUACGAAAGAUGCUCCGGUUGAAUUCUACUGACGCACGAGGAGAUGUUUUGAAUGAAACCAUAGCACUUUUCAGUACAUUAUAAAAAUGUAUACAUUUCCGCGCACUGAAUGUCCGCGUUAGUUGUAACAAAGAAAGUAUAAAGUGAUUAACAACUCAUACGCAGGUUAUUGAAUUGAAAGGUAAAAAUAUAAUUUUUUCAGUAAUGUGUUUCUUAACCACCAA